UCAACACAGGGUUAGUCUUCAGUGGUCAAAAGUCCUCUGAACCUAACCAGAAACUACGCUUCUUUGACUGAUGCACAGAUCCCUGGCUCUUGAAAGGCCCAAGCAGACAACUGGCUGUGGCCAAAUCCCCAGACUCAUGUGCAGACUGUGUCCGUGACUGAUGGUUCUGAGAAUGCUCUGAUAGACAGCAGCCCCUCACUCACUGAACUGAGGACUAGCCCCCACCUACUGUCCAAAAUGGCCAUUUGGAUCAUAUAAAAUGAACAUAUAGGUUAAUGACAUGCUCCAAACAUGAACCCAAACCAUGAGACUGGGCUGAUCUAUCAAAUCAUCUGAUUUUUUAACUUAAAUAGUAACUGCAACAGCAAAUCCCUAAUCCAUAGAAAUCAGUGAGUCUCAAUAACAGUAAUUGCUGGUAUCUCAUUUUGGUCUUGUAAAUGGCAAAGAGUCUGCUGAUCACUUACGUCCUUUGGUCAUGCGGUGGACUUUUUGGUCUCCAUCACAUCUACCUUGGAAGAGACAGUCAUGCCUUACUAUGGAUGGUGACAUUUGGUGGAUUUGGAGUCGGAUGGAUUAGGGAAAUCUGGCAACUGCCGAAGUAUGUGCAAAAUGCAAACAUUUACCACAAUAAGGUCAAAAAAUUAAGAUAUCUACAACCACCAAUGAGCAUUGUCCGUGUCAUUGGUCAAAUUGCAGUUGGAGUUUAUUUUGGUUUUAUUGCUCUUGUAAGUCUAUCAUCAUUAAAUGGCUUCUACAUCAUGGCGUUGCCACUUGCAAUAACACUGGGUGUUCACCUUGUAGCCAGUGUUGGCGAAGAAACCUCCAACGUAAAGACAACAAUGAUAGCUUCAUUCAUUACGUCUCCUAUAUUCUACGGAAGACCCAUUGCAACAGUACCAAUUAGUAUUGUUGCCAGUAUUACCUCGAUGCAACACCGUCAUUAUAAGACUCCAAGUCACACAGAAGACAACCUGAGCGUCCGACUCUAUAGACUAGGUCUAGCUUGGCUGGCUUUCACAAUGCCAAUUUCUUACUGCGUGUUGCACAAUACUACAGUUACAGUUUUAUACAUCACAGACACCAUCAGCCUUAUUCUAGAUUCAGUCCGAAUAUUCCCAAUGCUUAGUGAUCUUCUUGAAUCUGCAUUCCUCCUCCCAUACCAUACGUGGAAGCUGUUUACUGGUGGAAUAGGAUUAAGUUAUGGAUACAAUUCGGAGUGGGAAAAGCUAUUUGCAUCCAUCUCUGCCAUACAGACCGAAAGAAAAAGGUUGGCAUAUGAGGUGUUGGGAUUACAUGAGGAAGCAACUUUGGAAGAGAUCAACAGAAGUUAUAGAGAGUUGGUGAAACGCUGGCACCCUGACCACAACAGACACAAUUUAGUUGAAGCAGAGCGACAAUUCAUUGAGAUCCAAGCGGCAUACGAAGUACUUGCAAAAAACAAGCAAGGAGAGACAUAUUAAAGCUGCACCAACAUUCACAAAGUAUCAGUGCAAAUUGGUUUUAAAACUUGUUGCCAAUGUGGUAUAAGUUUGCUAAAAUCGUGCACCCUGAAUUUUCUAUUUUUUUAAUUAGUUAUUGUUACCUGUCGUGCUUUUAUGUCAUCUAUAUUACAGUUCCUUUGGAGGUUGCAUGCAAUUUAAAUCAAGAUACUUAGAUGAAUGUUAUUAUGCAAGGUUCUUAUAGUUCCCAGAGUUAGUUCACCUACUAGUCACUAUUAGGUUGGCAAGCCAAGAUAUUUCCUCUCCCAAACAGGAGAUUCGCCUUGUCAAUUAAUAUCAGCCUGACAGGAACUUCUGCUUUGAAGCCAGGACCAAUUCUGAAGGUAAGCAGUAGGCAGGACUGAACUGAAGAACUGAACACAGGAAAUAAUACAUUUUAAUAACAUUUUUAAAUCUUUUAAAUUCCUUUUUUAUUAUAGUUUAUCUACAGUGAAAUUUUAAAUUGUGAGGUGAUUUGUUUAGGGUCCCAUUAAUACAAGAAUGACAUAUUUAUGCUGUCUUACUGUCUCAGUUGUAGCUCUAUUGGAGAUGUUGUCUUUCAGAUGAGAUGGUAAACCAACUUACCAUCUGCUCUCUCAGGCGGUUGUAAGAUUCUAUGGCAUUAUUUUGAAGAAGAGCUGAGGAGCUAACCUAGGUAUCCUU